ACCAAUACCACAAGACAUAAUUGAAGAAAAUGAAGAAGUUGAAGACGAAGUUUCGCCUGAAACUCGCUCAAUGAUUAUUACAGGCCCAUCGGGUGAUGUAAAAGUGAUCAAUAAGAAACAGACUAUUUGGAGCGCAACUUCUGAAGAGAAAAGAUGCACUUGUGUGGUCCCCAAAGGAACGGGGUUUCAACAAAUCGUCAAUAAAUUUAAUGGAAUUGCUACAAAACCCAAAAACACUAGUGCUUCAGUCAUUAAAAUGAAAGAAAGAAAAUCGGAACAAAUUGGUUCUGGUGAAGCACCUCUCCAAACCGAUUUCAUGCCUUUGCACAACAAGGAGAGGAAACUUAAGGAAGUUUUGGGUAAAUUACACGACGAGUUUGAGAAUAUGACAAGGACUUAUGAUGAGUUGGUAAAAAGAAAUGAAGAAGGCAAAGCAACACCUGAAUGUCUCUAACAACUCGAAAAGUUGGACAAUGAACUUAACAGUAAAGAAGAAGAAAUCGUGAUGGUAAUGACAUUGUACAAAGAGGUGCUGGCUUUGAAGCAACAAGUGAAAACUCUGAAAGAACGUGCAAGUAAGGAAAGUGUUUCCAUACAUA